AUGCCAUUGCGGAACAAGUCUUUACUCGGAUUUCCUUGCUGGAUUAGUUUAACCAACUUGUUCAUUCUGGCCAAUUUCGUUCUAUUUACAUCGCGAAAUUACGCAGGUGUCCUACUUGGGAACGAUGAUGAGGCUUACGACGGAUUCUACUGGGUUAAUGCAACCGUGGGAACCCCUAGGCAGCACGUCGCGCUUCUACUCGACACUGGAAGCAGCGAUACCUGGGUGUUCGGACCAGUACAGAGUUUUGUUGCUAAUCUCAAACUGGUUGAAGACGACGAUUCUCAAUCAAGCACUUCGAAGAUAAUCAACAGGGGUGCAUUUAGCAUUAGUUAUGUCGACACAGCGUCAGCCGCAGGGGACUACGUCUCCGAUAACUUCGGGAUUGGCUCCAUCAUGAUCAAAGACGCAAUUAUAGGGGUUGCUAGACAGGUGCAUAUUGGUCUCAUUGGCGUCCUAGGUAUUGGUUUUGACUCUUUAGAGUCGAUUACAUGGAAUGGGGGCAAUUCCUACAAAAACAUUAUCGAUUUGAUGGUCAAGCAAGGACUUAUCAACUCCCGAGCAUAUAGUCUCUGGCUCAAUGAUAUUGAAUCUCAGACAGGAGGUAUCAUGUUUGGUGGAAUUGACACAGGCAAAUAUAAGGGCAAGCUGAUUGGGGUUCCUAUCCAACCCGACGCGCAAACCGGCCAGAUCGACUCAAUGACAGUCGCAUGGACAUCCCUUUCAGUCAACGAUCCCACUCAGGGCAAUCAACCCCUGACAGAAAAUGGGUUUAAGCAGCCAGCUGUCCUGGAUUCAGGGGCGCAGAGCAUAUUUCUCCCCCAGGGUCUCUACGAACAAGUCGCUUCGCUUGUCAACGUCAUAUCUACGCAAGACCAAGGUGAUCUUGUCGAGUGCGAAGCGAUGCAGUCCUACGAGGCGACCCUGGAAUUUGGAAUCGGUGGUUCCGGAGGACCAGUCAUUUCAGUACCUUUCUCGGAGCUUGCUGUUCCUUUAUUGGAUGCAUACGGGUACCCUACAACCUUUAAAAACGGCAAUACGGCAUGUGUUUUUGGAAUGACACCUGUGCCGGAUGACGCACCAAUCUCUCUGGGUGAUCCCUUUCUUCGUGCAGCAUAUGUGGUGUACGAUCUCGACCGUCGGCAGAUUGCGCUGGCUCCCACUGUUUUCAAUAGCGAGAUCUCUAAUAUUGUGGAGAUUCUUGCGCCUGGAUCUUCUAAUCAAGACCCAUGGGAUGUUGCAAAUUCGGUCAGUGUUCAGCAGACAGCGACCGCUCGGCCGGAGGGACCAGGUCUACUGAUCUCUGCAACUGCCACCGGGCCACUUUCUUAUGUGCCAACGGCCACUGCAUUUCAUCUCCCUACUUCCGACAUCUCUCAGCCUAGUGGUUACUCUCAGUCAAGCGACAACGCGGAGCCCCCCAAAACAUCAGCGGGUGCCGCUAGUUCCAAUUGGACCGCUGGCCCCGGCAUCCUAACCAACAUUGUAGUCUGUGUCGUGUCUAUUUUCGUAGGCACUACGUUGAUUUUUGGUGGUUGA